UCUAGAGCUCAAUACAUUUUCUGAAGCAAGUAAAAGCAACAACUCCACAAAAAAAAACUCAAGCUACUUCACCCCUGCGUUGUAUCUAUCAGAAAGAAACAAAUCAGAGUAUCGGUGAACUCAACUCGCCGGAAACCACCAUCGAAAUCGGUCGCCGACUACCAUAAACAAUUAGAAUGGAUGAGCAGCAUCAGAAUCAGAAUCAGAAAAACAAAUACAGUAUAAUUGUUCCUACCUAUAAUGAACGACUCAACAUCAGUCUCAUUCUUUACCUUAUAUUCAAGCACCUUUCAGAUGUUGAUUUUGAAGUUAUUGUUGUGGAUGAUGGAAGUCCUGAUGGUACUCAAGAUGUUGUAAAACAACUGCAGCAGGUCUAUGGAGAAGAUCGGAUUUUGUUGAGAGCCAGACCUAAGAAGAUGGGUUUAGGAACGGCUUAUAUUCAUGGCUUGAAGCAUGCGUCUGGAAAUUUUGUUGUCAUUAUGGAUGCUGAUCUAUCACACCAUCCAAAAUAUUUGCCUGGCUUCAUUAGAAAGCAGUUGGAAACUAGUGCUGAUAUAGUCACUGGGACUCGUUAUGUUAAAGAUGGUGGUGUGCAUGGAUGGAAUCUUAUGCGGAAACUAACAAGCAGAGGAGCUAAUGUUCUUGCACAAACACUUUUAUGGCCCGGUGUGUCAGAUUUGACAGGGUCUUUUCGACUUUAUAGGAAAUCAGCGCUCGAAGAUAUCAUUAGUUGCUGCGUUAGUAAGGGAUACGUCUUUCAAAUGGAGAUGAUAGUACGGGCAUCUAGAAAAGGGUACCAUAUUGAAGAGGUGCAAUUGCUUAAUUCGGGAACUUACGGUUCCAAUCACAUUUGUUGAUAGAGUAUAUGGAAGUUCAAAGCUUGGUGGAUCUGAGAUUGUUGAAUACUUAAAAGGCCUAGUAUAUCUUCUGAUGACAACAUAAAAAGAUAAAUGAUAAUAACUCAUGUAUGUCUUUCAGUUUGGCAAAAACUCGAUAGACAUUGUAGUUCAAUAUACAACAAGUUUGGUUGCUAGAAUCUUCAUAGUCUGCGUUUUUGAGUUUUGUAGGAGGCAUCUUAUUCAAUAACCCAAGUUUAUAACCAUUGGAAAAUAUCCAUGAUUAAUUUAUUUUGGUUUAGCUGAAA